GAUGGAUAUUAAAACCGACAUCAGAAGCCCCUAAGAACUUAAGAACCACGGCGGCUCGCCUAGUUGGUCUUAGUACGGAGUAAGUGGAGUUCUAACAUCGAACAUGACAAAUUUGACGUGCCGACGACCCUGUUCCUCUCCAGCAAAACAUGGGAGUUUCGAUAAUUGUUGGGGGUCUUGUCACAACUUUACAGCUUUACAGUAUGGAGGGUGAAGUUAAUCUUAUAUGCGACAUUCUCGGUGGUCCUGGCCCCGUUGCCGAUGUCGCCAAUCCCCUCCUGAUUGGCCAAGCGACAACGACAUCUCGCUAUCCCAGACGACGAUCAGGGACAACGAGUCAACCUCAAACAUCAGCGAUGGACCAACAAGGGCCAAAGAGGGCCGUUCGCCAGAACUGAGACUGACGGAUGAAAAAAAGUGUGCUACAGACUCGAGAUCUUGUGCCCUCAUGAAUGUGAGAGAAGUUCAUACCUGAUCCCGUCCGCGAUGCGACGGCAAGGCUGAUCUUGGUAUGGCUUCGUCUUCUCCAGAUGCCGCUCUUCAUCCGGCACUUGAGGAGAGGGGCUUCGGUAUUCAAAAAGCAUGCCGGCUGAGAUGGCUAAGUUGAGGAGAGCAAGAGAUAUAGAUAUGGCGUCUUCUCCGGUCGCCCCUUCCUUUCCACGGAUUCAAAUUCAAAUUUCUUUCCAAUCUUAGAUUCGUUCUACAUCUCACGUCGCUUGCCGUCCUGCAGUCCUUCAUUCCUUCCAAGGUUCAUUCAUUCGUUCCCAGAUUAACCUGUCACUCGUUGGUGUCCUCACCACAGUCUGUACCUUUCCUUAUGCUUUGCAUCUAGCCCCCCGCCAGUGUAUCAUUCCCGCAGCCCCUCCCCAGCGUUUCAACCUCCACACACCACAACCCCAGCACGAACGCCCAAUCGCACCACCAUCAAUCCCCACCGGACAGCAGGCAUGGCCCAUGGCAUCCUCAUUCGCAGCGGGUCCGCCGCGCACCUCGUGCCUUUCAUACCCACCAGGCGAGACACUAGCGCAACGGCUCUCACUUCCCACCCUCCAUCCUCCUCCCGCAUAAACAUCUCCCGUCCCCACAAGCCCGCCUUCGCGCGCGCUGCCAACUACUUCACCAGGACGCCGCCCGAUCGCCCUCGCACCUCCUCCGGCCCCAAUAAACAAACUAUCAUCCAUCUCGGGCCCGCGAAGCAGCAGCAGAAGCAGCAGCAGCAUCGCCGCAGCGCCAGCGAAGACUCUCAGCUCCCCGCCAACGCAUCAUACUUCGCCAAUCGCGCCCUCCCGCCUACUCCUCCAGACGAGACCACAGCGAUCGCGGAGGCGCGCAGGCGCGAGUUCGAGAAAUACGGAUACGCCUCUCUUCCAGAUACGCCCACCUCGGUCAUGAGCGCCCUCCAGAGAGUCAUCACGGAUGAGAUGCCCAUUGGCAUGGCUCUAGGCUCACCCAGCCAGGCGCCGCAAUACCAGUCAUCCCCCCGUGCACAUCACCUCACAAACGUCCGCUUUGCGCCGCCAUCAUCAGCGUCGCAGCCUUCCCUCGCAUCCGCCACGACGUCGACUAGCAGGGCUGAGUCGCCCGUUGCCACCCCACCACCGGCGCAGCGUCAGAAGGGGAAAUGGAAGCUCUUCGGCGGACUGUUCAGGAAACCACAGCCGCAGGCGCAAGAGGCGUUCUAUAAGCUAGAGCCGGAAGCGGCGCAAGAGACUGACCCAGAACCAGAUUGGUUGCACUUCCCCGAGCCGCCGGCGGCGAUGGAGGCGCAGCGCGGAUGGGGAAGGACGAAGUCGGAGAGGCGGCCGCAAACCGCGAAACCGAGGUUAGCACGUUCGGCAACAGCACCAGUUGAUGGGCCGGAUGUUAGUACGCCUCCGAGGGAGACGAGGCGGUUGGAGAAGAGGGAGAGGGUUCCUGUUGAUACGCCGAUGCAAACUCAUGUGGAAGACGAGUGGGCGGCCAUGACGCCGAAGCCAGAGAGGUCGUUACUAGCGGUUGAAAUCCCAACGACAGAGUUGGAGCGGUAUAGCGUCAUGUUCUCCUCGCUUCUGGACAAGAAGAACGGCACGCAGCCCUCGACGUCAGGUCUCCUAGCGCGAAGGCAGGCAACGCUCGAUCGUCUAAAGAGUGUUAACGAGACGAUCGCAGAGCUUGAACGCACCGAGCAGCGCCUCGACGCACAAAAACCCACUCGUCCUCGCCGUGCCACCUCGCCGAACCCACAGUACUCCCCGCGCCACUCACCGCGCCACUCCCCAGGUCUCUCGCAAUCCCCACGCCACUCUCCAUCCUUCUCGCUCUUCCCCAACGGUGCAACUCUGGCCACUCACCCUUCACAACCAAACCUCUCUCCCACCCUCACCCGGCACCCAACAUUUAACCCACCAAGCCCUACCAAACCAUCUCACCCCCACCGCCUAGCACCCAACCGACUCACCCGCUCCAACACCUCCCCAGCAGUCCUCACCCCACUUCAAGAAUCAUUCACUCCCUCACUUCCCCAGCCACGACGCCACGCCACCGACUCAGAAACACAUACCAUCGUUCUCGUCGGCACACCACCCUCUCACGCCCCCCCUCUUCCAUCCUCACAAUCCGCCCUCCCCGCAAACCCUUAUCCCCGACACCAAGCAGAAACGCCCACAACCCCCUGGACAGACGGCGCCACCCUCCUCUCACCCCUCUCCACCGCCUCCCUCCCCGCCACCCCGGCCGUCCACCUCAACGCUCGUCCCCCGCCUCAAACAGAGCCGGAAUGGGAAAUGGUCCCCCCUCCCACCACGCAACACGAAACCCGCGACCGCAGCCGUGAUCGCUACCCUAGACGCUACGCCUCCCCUGGCUCGAGCGCAGGUAGCGGGAGCUCGGGUCGUGGAUCCGAGUCUGCGGGGACGCAGGGGAGUGUGUCUAGCGCUUCGAGUGCGGAGGCUGAAAGUCCUAUUAAGGCUCCUGCUUUUGCUAUCGCGCCUGCGCCGACGGGGAUAAGGAGGAAGCCGAGUAAACCUAUCAUGCCGAUUCCUACAUCGCACGCUAUGCCAUCACCGCAGCCUCAUGCACAAGCGCAGCCUCAUGCACAAGGAUACGUACACCCGCAGCAGCAGCAACAGCAGCAUACCCCGCGCCGUCCUGCACCUCCGCCGCUAACGACUAUGUCCUCAGGCUCGGGCAACGUCCAACGCGCGGAACAGGUCCCACAUGUAAAAGUGAAGGGCAGCGUGGCGGUCGCGCGGCAGAUGUCGCUUGCGAGACAGCGCGAGCGCGAGGAGGCCGAGGCGGCGACGGGGGGAGGGAUGGGCGUUGGUGUCGCGAGGCAGAUGUCGGUUAGUCGUGCGAGGAUCACGACUACGGUUGGGGCUGCGCCUACGGGUGUGAGGCGGACGAGGACGAGGGAGGGACAUGGAGAGGGUGGUGGGGAGAGAGAGAGGGAGAGGGGACAGGAAAGAGUUGUUGGUGAUGCUGGGGGGGACGGAGAGAGGGUGGUAGGGGGGGAGAAGAUUGUGGUUAGGAAUCGGGCGAGGACUGCGCAGAGGGUUGUGGGAGUGGAGGGGGGUGCGAGGAAGAGCGAGUACGGGGUGCUUGUUGGAUAG